AUGGCAGAUGAAGAAUACUUUGAUGAAGAAGGUGAAGAAGAGCUAACAGAAGAAGGAGCACCUGAAGAAAUAGAGGAGGAAGUUGAAGAAGAAUCUAUACUCACUGAAUAUGAUCCUGACGACUUCUACUCGGGCGCAGUCAUUUCUUUAGAUUCAACCUUACCAAUAGAUUUGUUUGAAUUUGAACAUUCAUACGGUUACAACUGCCAUAAGUACUUCAAUCUGUGCGCGUGCGAUGAAACAGUCGUAUGCUGGUCCGCUGGAAGUAUAAUCACCUUUCUCGACGUCAACACCAAGCAGACUUGGUUCCGGCGAAGCAGCACAGGGGGCACUGUCGGAGCUCUUACGUCUUAUAGAAAAGAUCCGAAUUAUCGUAUAGCUAUUGGAGAAGAUCGAGAGGGUCACCGAGACCCACUAAUAAUUCUCUAUACAUGGCCACAAAUGGAUAUAGAUGCUGUACUUCGCGAUGGUACUACUAACGCAUACUCUAUAUUAGACUUCAGUCCUGAUGGCGAAUUAUUGGCGUCAGUGGGCAAAGAAUCUGAUUAUAACCUCACCAUCUGGAAUUGGAAACGUCACAAGAUUCUUUUACGUACAAGUGCUUUCACAUACGACGUCAAUACCGUAAUGUUUUCACCUUACUGUCCAGGACAGCUAUCCACUGCAGGAGCGGCGCAUAUAAAAUUUUGGAAAAUGGCUGAAACAUUCACAGGGGUUAAGUUGAAAGGUGACUUGGGUAGAUUCGGGAAAACUGAAAUCUGCGAUGUCCUUGGUGUUUAUCCAAUGCCCGAUGAAAAGGUGCUAUCUGGAUGUGAAUGGGGCAACGUCUUAGUGUGGGAAGCUGGACUUGUUAAAAUUGAAGUAACACGAAAAGGACGAAAAUCCUGUCAUAAAGCUCCAAUUAUCCAAUUUAUGUUAAGUCAAGCGGGUGAUGAAGUAACUACAAUAGCCCGAGAUGGUUGUAUUCGUGCGUGGUACUGGGAUACUGUGGAACAAGCUGAUCCGCCAGAGGAAGAUCCUUAUGUCGAAAUCAAUCCUGUUGCGGAAACGUGUGUGCCCGGCUGCCAAAUAAUGUGUCUCAAGCACCAAAAAGACAUGUAUUGGUACGCUCAAGAUGCCAACGGCGGUAUAUGGACAGUUGAUUUGGAAAUCGAUAAACUUGAAUGCAACCAUCACAAAGUAAUAACGUGUCACGCAGGAAGCAUUGUUGCUAUGGCAGUAUUGAGAACUCAGCCCAUCCUAAUUACCGGUGGUGAAGAUGGGGCUCUGCAUGCUUAUAAUACGUAUAGUCAUACCCUCCUCGCCCGAUAUCAAUUUCCUGUGCCUAUAUCCUGCAUCUUUUAUCCACCUUUAGAUGUAGAUCAAACAUCAAAGAUUUUCAUGGUUGGGUUUAAAGAUGGUAUAAUGCGGACGUUACUGCUACAUCCCGACCGGUUGAUAAGUCGUCAGAGUCUGAUCGACAUCCGCGUGCACUCUGCGCUCACGAUACACAGUGAAGAUUCGGCUAACGCCGAUGUUAUAGAUCUGUUAUCGCUGUUAAAACCACACUCGAAGUCCCUCACUCAAAUAUCAAUAAAUCAUCAGCGCACUUUACUUGUGACAUGCGCGGAAGAUUGCACCAUAUUCAUGUAUAAGUUAGAGUUAGCCACACCUUUCCAAUUGCAUAAAAUUGGUUUCAUAGAAACACCUAAUAAUAUAGCUUACAUGACGUGGAAACCCGACGAGGAACAUGUACUUUUAUUGUGCGGUCAAGUUGGCUUGGUUAUGGAAGCUGUACUGCCAAAGAUUGAAUCUCGCGUUUACAGUGAAAUCACUACCUUUAGGCUCGAGUUCGAGUCCUAUGUAGAGACUCUAGUAAAAAAGCAUUUCAUGCGCAAUAGACCAUUUCCUACUGAAGAAGAUCUUGCUAGUUUAGACGAAGAAGCUUUAAAAGCUAAAGAUGAAAAAGAUGACGAAGACGAAGAAGAGGAAUGGAUUGGCGCCAUAGAACUCAUGGAAAGCGAAAGUAUGUUGGGUACAACAGUGACUUGGGCGGAGUAUUGUGCUGAAGGUGUUUGGGUCGUACAGAAGGGUACCGGCGCUCUUCUAUUAGUGAAGCCAGGAUCAAACAAGAUUCUGAAAUAUGCUCCAAUCCCUGACGCUUGGUGUGAUGACCUUACAUCUCUAAAAUUUGUAUGUGAAGACCGCUACCUGAUAGUAGGUACUAACACCGGGUAUAUCCGCGUACUACGGCUGCCCACACCAGAAGAAGAUAGUCCAGAAACACAUUACAUGAUUUGGAUGACUGCUAUGCAGAAAUUGCUUAAGAAACUAAAAGGCAGGCGGCUAGCAAAAGAAGAGACGCAACCGAUUCCGCGCAUAGACUUCCAUGACAACUACUAUUUACCGAUGCACGACAAGUAUACCGGAGCGAUAUCAUGUAUAGAGAUCAGCACUCAUGGAAAACGGCUGUAUACAUGUGGCAGAGAUGGUAACAUAUUCGCUUACAUGAUUAAUUUUCAUGAGCACCUGAUCCCAAUGCCAGAAGUACCCUCGCCGCCAACGGAACCACCAGUUAUGACAAAAAUCGCCGAGCCAAGCACCGUAGAAGGUGAAUUGAUGUCACAUGAGCAAUUGAAGCAAAAAGAAGAAUAUGAUAAAAUGAUGGCCAUAGCCAACGCACACAAGAAACGAGUUCGAGACCAACUGAUCGAGCUCACCAUCGAAUAUAGUAAACUCAUCAGAGCGAACCGUGCCUUGCCAGUCUCCCAGCAAAUAGACGUGACUUUAGACCCUCGACCUUUAGUAGACCAAGAGCGAGAACUAGAAGUUGCUAAAGCAUUAACUAUAAGGAAACUAGCUCAUCAGCUCGAGGCAUCCACCUUAGGACUCAACAAGAUGCGUAACAGGAAUAUUAUUCAGCUUGAUAUGUUUCCAUUCGCAGUGAAGGCUAUAAGAGAUCCCAAUGUGCUGAUUAAACCACUGCGUCAAAAAAAUCUGUCGAAGGCGUUCCGAGAUCAAUAUGAAGAAGUGCAUAUAAAAAUGGCUGAAGCUGCUCUCCGAGCAAGAAAGACAGAGGCAGCUGUACGACGGAUCGGUACAAGAAAAACCUCGUACGGUCCCCCUCGCAUGGGAUCUUUUCUAUUAGGUCUGCCUCCACGCGCGCCACAUUGCCUCAAAAAAGCACUAAGGAAUUAUCAUCAGCGUUUGUCGAGACAUCACAUGCAAUUCAUCGAGAUUCAAGAACAUAUAAAUCGGAGACCGGAUCCUAACGCUUUGCCUCCUGGUGCGGAGGAGGCUCUCAAAGAGGCGGAAGCGACAAUCGGUAACCGCCUUCUGAAGACGCAACCAGACUACGUCGCGCCACCUGGCCACAAUACACAAUUGCGUAUUUGUAUCACUAGACAAGAGAUUUAUGAUACUAAACGAGAAUUUAAUCUGAAAGUAUUACAAUUACGUGGGCACAAAGUUCGUUUAGUGCAACAAAUGAAGGAAAUUGGGGAACGCCUAGCGGAGAUACGGAUAGAAAUACCGCCCAAACUUGUGAAAGCGCCUCCGGCUAUACCCGAAAUCGAUGAAGAACUGGAAUUUCCUGAGACACACCUAGAGAUAAAACCAGAAAAAGUGGCUGUACCAGUACGAAGAAGUACUAAGAAGAUACAACAAGUAGAAGAUAGAAAAAAAUCAGUAUUUGGACUUAGAGUACGGCCACCACGUGUCAAUAGAUUUGUUCCAAUUAACGAGUGUAAGCCAUUAUCUGCUUCUUGGGAACUACUAAGAGUGAAACAAGAUCAAGAAUCAACUCCCUUGGAAACAGAAGUACGGGAGCGGCGCAUUGAAAGGCAUCUUUACGAACAAGAUAUGUUAUUAGCCGAUGCGGAAAUAUCAAUUCAAAAGUUCGACUCCCGAUUAAGGCAGCUGCAAAGAGAACGAAUCCGGGUUCAGGAAAAAAAUCAAUUACUGGAGUUACAUUUGUACCAAUUGCAUAGAGAGAUGAACGUGUUGAAUCGUUUCGAAGCCCACGAAGAUCGUUUAGCUGAAAGAGUGUACUCAAAACUAAUGCAGGUGAAAGGUGUCCAAGAGCAAAUCGAGGAUUGUAAACACCGAAUCGAAGAAAUAUUAGGCGAGAAAAAUGAACUAGACGUUGAAUGCCAAGAGCUUCAAAGACAGUUUAAACAUUUAGUCGCAGAUAACAAAUUUGCCGAUUUUCUGCGAAGAAUAUUUAAGAAGAAGUAUCGACCACCUCGUGAUCACGACGAUGACGAAUCUUCUGAAUCGGAGUCUGAGUCAUCAUCCAGCGAAGAAGAAGAGGAAGGAAGCAUGGACAGCCGUGACAUCGGUCCUAUUCGCCUCGAUCCCAACGUUUGCCCAGAAGGAUGCGAAAGAGAAAUCUACGACAAGACUUACGAAUUAAGAGGCAUAAGACACAAACACGAACAGGAUAUUAUAGAAAAAGGCAAGAUGGUCGAGAUGCUGUAUCGUGACAUUGACAACCACAACAAGUACAAGCGCAAGCUAACAUCCCAACUCGACACUAGAAAGAAUGAACUCAAGGAAUUUAUGAUGGAGAAGCAAAACUGUAUGAAUGAAGUGGAGCAAGUUGUGAUUCUGCGUUACGAUCAGAUGAGAGCGUCUGCGCUCCGGGGGUGCACGGGGCCCCAGGGGCUGUCACAAACUGUGGUAUUCCCAGAAGCUAUGCUCAUGAGGCUCAGAAAAAGAGUUCUUGAAUUACAGGAUGAGAUACAACAGCAAAAAUUGCGUCAAAAGGUGAACCGUACACAUCUGUUCCGCAUGAACAUCGACAUUCGUGCGAUGGAGCAGACAGCGGCUGAAUUACGAGCACAGAUGCGGGAUAUACUGACGCGCAAGUUGGGCAAACCGCGCAAGGUGGACAAAACGCUCGAUGACAUGCUGCGCCAAUUGGCACGUAGACACAAAUAUAACAAUACUUUCGGGAUCUUGCCACAACUGAGGGCACAGAUACGCAGCUGGCGGGAUCGCAUGGGUGAAACAGAAAAGAAAUAUCUAGAACGUCUAAACCAUUACUCAAAUCGCCUGCGAUUGGCCGCCGCCAUUCAAGCAGAUGUUCUACCACAAAAGCCUCAGAAAAGCGUCGAUGAAAUGGCGGGUGGUUAUAAUGUAGAAGAGUAUGAGCGCGAUGUAACACGGUUACGCAUCGUACGCGCCCAGCAACAAGAACAAAUCAAGCAACUGCGUGAUGAAAUAAAUGCUCUGCAUCUGAAACCGGCACCGUUUAGUUUGGCGAUACCGAAACGAGCUAGAGAAGAAUCCGAAGCCUCCAGCAUCUACUUGCACAUGGGCCCGCGCAGUAUGAGGGACAAAAAGAAGAAGUAUUUUCCUAUAUCACCUAUACAAUCGAAGGCAUACGUUGGUGGUGGAAGCGACGUGAAUACAAUGAAGCUGCUUUUCGAUGCGUUAGACGUUAUGCGUGUGACACGAGAUGAUGCCCAGGCUCUACUCGCAGAUAUUAACGAAAGACUGCCGGACAUAAUCUCUGGCGCAUCUUCAAGGUAUGACGUUGUAGAUAGUCUGGUAAAGAAAUGGCUUUAUCGUCAUGGCGGAGAUCCUAGUAAGUACAAGAAACGAACUAAAGCCUUCGACGCAGUGGCAAGUUUGACCGAUCGUUUAGUGCGACAGCAUAUAAAGGAAAUGCAAGAAAUGGGUAUAAAAGGAAUGUCACAAGUGCUUCAAGGUUUAGAGACCGCUCUGAAAGACGUGUCGGAUUUAAAAAUGCCUUUAUCUCAACGUAUUGGACCCACUCUUGCUACCUUACUACACACCGUUGGGUUUGAAGAAGCUGAUAGUCCCGAGACGUUGACUUCGUUAGUAAAGGCACUCAUGGAUGACAUGCACCCGCUGACUCAAGACUCAAUAGAUUGUAUUUCUAUUAACGAUGUUAUUGAUGAUAUGAAAGAGUGUGGUGUUGAACUGGACGAAGAUGACAUGGAAUACAUCGUGAAGUUAGUCAUAGACAGUCUUAAAGCUCAACUACUCGACCCAGACGAAAAUAAAAGAAUACAAGACAAAGUUGAAGAAGCCAUUUCUAUGCAUUCGACACCAAGAUUAAAUCUAAAAUAUGAAAGUUCUAUAAGAACUUUAGACUCUGGACGACGUAAAGGCCACUCAAUCGGUCGCAUUUCGGACAUCAAUACAAGUAAGAAAAGGUCCGAUCAUGUGACACUUCCUGCUUCUGCACCAGACGAGGAUGAUAAAUCUAGUGAAAUAAAGAAAAGUGAAACCUAA